AUGAUCCCGCCGGGUGAGUGUACCUAUGCCGGCCGGAAGAGGAGGAAGCCAGUGCAGAAACGGAGGCCUGCCGUGGGGGCUGAGAAGUCCAACCCUUCCAAGCGCCACCGGGACCGUCUCAAUGCCGAGCUGGACCACUUGGCCAGCCUGCUGCCCUUCCCCCCCGACGUCAUCUCCAAGCUGGACAAGCUCUCCGUCCUGCGCCUCAGUGUCAGCUACUUCAGGGUGAGGAGCUUCUUCCAAGCCAUGCAGGCGCCCAGCCCGCAGCCAGAGGCCGGUGCCCCCACACCAGGAGACAGAUGUCCCCACGGGGGGCUCCCCGUGCCGGAGGGGAGGCUGCUGCUGGAGUCCCUCAGCGGCUUCGCGCUGGUCGUGAGCGCGGACGGGAUGAUCUUCUACGCGUCGGCGACCAUCCUGGACCACCUGGGCUUCCACCAGACGGACGUGCUGCACCAGAGCGUGUUCGACUACAUCCACGUGGACGACCGGCCCGACUUCCGCCGCCAGCUGCACUGGGCCAUGGACCCGCCCCGCGUGGCGCGGGGCCGGCUGCUGCCCGCAGGGCCCGGAGAGGACGCCGUCCUGGGUCGGCUGCUCAGGGCGCAGCAGGAGGGCGCGGGCGGGCCCCCCGAGCUCUCGGCCUUCCUGACGCGCUGCUUCGUCUGCCGCGUGCGCUGCCUGCUGGACAGCACCUCCGGCUUCCUGACCAUGCAGUUUCAAGGAAAACUGAAGUUCCUGUUUGGCCAGCAGCAGAAGGCGCCCUCGGGCACGGCGCUGCCCCCUCGGCUCUCGCUGUUCUGCGUCGUGGCCCCUGUCCUCCUCCCUUCUGUGGCAGAGGUGAAAAUGAAGAGCACGUUCCUGAGGGCGAAGCCCAGGCUGGACACCGCGGGCGGGAUGGCUGCCAAGGCAAGAGCCGUGGGCCUGUGUGCGUCCGAAGUGCCCAUCAGGUCCAGCUGCUUUGCAGGCAGGGGUGACGAAGGAAACGUGCCGGUGUUCUGGCCACAGGCGGAGGCUGGACCUUGGGCCCGAGUCCCAGCCAGGGGCCCCUGCCCCUGCCUCAGGGCGGGCCCGGAGCUCGUCCUCGACCCUGACGUGGCCUCAGGGGACCAAGGAGGGGAGGAGACCCGGACGGCGCCCGGCAGUUCCUGGGGACCGAGGGGGCGCAGGGAGCCUCAGGCAUACAGCUGCCCCUUUGAGACACCCGGACCCACGAAGCACCCACACUUGACGGGAGGGAGACAGGGUCGGGGUGGUGCCCAGCAGAAGCUGGAGCAGGGAAGGACGGCCCCCUUCCCUGUGCACGCCGUCGCCCGUGGUUCCUGCACCCCCUACCCAGGCAUCCGGCGUGCUGCACCCCCCAGCUGCCUUGCCGCCUUCCCAGAUCCGCACGGCUCUCAUCCGUUGAGCCGGCCCCCCGGAGCCUGUGCGGGCCACGUGGGCAGAGUUGGGCCAGGCGGCGGGCAGGGCCAGGGGCAGCCUCACCCCGGCUGCCCCUUCCCACAGGGGGCCCUGCAGAAUGGGCUCCCAGAGCCCAGGGGGCAGUACCUCCCCGCAGGGGGCUACCCCUCAGAGGCGUCCGAGCUGCGUGGUGUGCUGCUGGCCCCAAGGGCCCCCUGCAGCCCCCUGCUGCCCCUGCCCAUCAAGAUGGAGAGCGACUCGGGGUCCGAGGACACGGCUGACUGCUACCCUGUGGCCCCGAGCCGGCUGUGGCUGGGAGCCAGCGAUGUGGCCAAGAGACCACCGGGCUCCCUCCCGGCCAGGCUGCCCCUGAAGAUGGAGCCCGAGUGCCAGCUACCCAUCUGUGCCCCUCACCUAGGGCAGGGCAUGAUGGGUGGGCCCCCGGGGCGCAGCCGGGAGCCUCUACAGGGCCUCUGUGUGCAGGCCCACCAGCCCCGCACCCCAGGCUGCAGCUACAGGGCCCCUGGGGCCGCACCCGUCGUCAAACUCGAGCCGCUGGAUGCCCAGGGGUGGGCUGCUCGCUGCCAGGGGGCGGUACCCGGGGCCUUCCCCAAGAGCGCCCUGGGGACCCUGGUGCCACCCCCGGCCUCCAGGGGCACCUUCCUGCCUUAGCGGGGAGGCACGAGGCAUUGAGUCUACGUCAGGCCGCCCUCUGUGCUGCUGUGGUCCCUGGGCCUCUGCGCACUGGCCUCUGCGCUGUCUGAGUAGCGCUGGGUGCGCGGGUAGGUCUAAGGCGCCACGUUUCUUUUUGAGGAAUGGGGGCAAUUCAGAAGCGGCAGGGUGGGCUAGCCCGUAGGCUGGCAGUGCUCACACAAACCCCCCCGCCCCCCGCUGAGCCAGGAGUGAGCCCCGCCCCCGCGCCCUAGAUGGCUGUCCAGAGAGCAGCCC